AUGGCACACAACCAUGGCUCUGUACAGUGGAAGGACGUGCAACCGCCCAAAAAAGGUUGCGGUGAGGUGGGUGAUGAGGGAGAGAAGCGGGUGAGGAACUGGGGCCUCAACCCAGGAAACCCCGCAAAUGCUGCUGAACAGGUUAACAUCAUCCAUACAAUGACCAAGAUACCCAUGAUUGCAGGAGUGAGACCUGCACACAACGGUCAGGUCUGCAGCACGUGGGGGAACUACCACUUCAAGACAUUCGACGGCGACGUCUUCCAGCUUCCUUCCAGCUGCAACUACAUCCUGACAUCACUCUGCAAGAGCACUUACGAGGACUUUAACAUCCAGAUGAGACGCCAGGUGGUGGGAGACCAGCCCACCAUCAGUAAGAUCACCAUGAAGCUGGACGGCACUGUGGUGGAGCUCUCCAAGGGCUCCGUCAACGUCGACGGGAAGACGGUCACACUGCCCUACAACCAUAAUGGAGUUCUCAUUGAGAAGACCCCCUCCUACAUUAAAGUCACAGCCAAGCUGGGACUUACUGCCAUAUGGAACGAGGAGGAUUCCCUUAUGGUGGAGAUGGACAACAAAUACAGGAACCAGACAUGUGGGCUCUGUGGAGACUUCAAUGGUGUCCAGAUCUAUGAUGAGUUCAUCAGGAAAGGCACAGUGAUUUCUGAGUUUGACUAUGCCAACUUCUGGAAGAUGGACGAUCCAAAUGAAAGCUGCAGUGAACAGAGACUGUCUUCUGCUGACUGCCCUGACGUGACAUCAGUUUGUGAGCACCUGCUCUCCAGUCCCGCCUUCAGCAGCUGUAAAGGCCUGAUCCCCACUGACUCCUUCAUCAAGGCCUGUGUGGCAGACAUGUGCCAGUGUGAUAGCAACAGCACCUCCUGUCUGUGCAACACCAUGUCAGAAUAUUCCCGCCAGUGUGUGCACGCUGGGGGGACACCUCGGCAGUGGAGAACAGCCCAGUUCUGCGCCAAGUCGUGUCCCUUCAACAUGGAAUAUCAGGAAUGUGGCAUUCCUUGCCUCGACACGUGUUCCAACCCAGAGAGAGGCCAGCUGUGCGAAGACCACUGCACUGACGGCUGUUUCUGCCCACCUGGCACCGUUGUCGAUGACAUCAGUCACAGUGGCUGUAUCCCAGUGCAGAAAUGUCCUUGCAGUCACAACGGAAAGGCAUACAGUCCUGGAGAGUCUUACACAAGCCACUGCAGAAAAUGCACCUGCUCUGGAGGCCAGUGGAGCUGCCAGGAUGAAGACUGUCCUCAAACCUGUUCUGUGGAAGGAGGCUCACACAUCACCACAUACGAUGGAAAGAGAUACAACUUCCACGGAGACUGUUCCUACGUCCUCUCCAAGCAAUGCAACGACACAGAUUUCACAAUCCUGGGGGACCUUGUCAAGUGUGGCCUUUCAGACACAGAGACCUGCCUAAAGGGCGUUACACUGGCCAUCUCUGGGGGUGCCACUGUGAUAAACAUUUUACCCAGUGGAAAUGUAUUUGUCAAUGGAAUCUUCUCUCAGCUUCCUCUAUUGACUGUGGGGACAGUCAUCUUCAUGCCAUCUACUUUCUACAUCAUGGUCCAGACCCCUUUUGGAUUGCAAGUAGAGGUGCAGCUGAUCCCUGUGAUGCAAGUGUAUAUCACAGCAGGGUUAACGUACCGAGGGAAGACGUGUGGCCUCUGUGGAAAUUUCAACAAUAUUCAAGCUGAUGACUUCAAGGCCAUCAGUGGAGUGGUUGAAGGAACACCAGCAGCUUUUGCGAACACAUGGAAAGCUCGAGCUAAAUGCCCAGACAUGAGCAGCAGCUUUGAAAAUCCCUGCAGUCUCAGUGUAGAAAAUGAGAAAUAUGCUGUGCAUUGGUGCUCUCUGCUGUCGGACCCCAAGGGAGUCUUUAGCCCCUGCCACACUAUGGUCAGCCCAGACAUCUACAAAAUGACCUGCAUGUAUGACAGCUGUAACUGUGAGAAGAGUGAGGACUGCAUGUGUGCUGCCAUAUCCUCCUAUGUUCAUGCCUGUGCUGCUCGGGGCGUCCACCUGUCUGGCUGGAGAGACACUAUGUGUGGAAAGUACUCCUCCAGCUGCCCCAGCACUAUGGUGUAUGAUUACAAUAUACAGAGCAGUAAUCAGACAUGCCGCUGCUACAGCAGCCCCAACAACAUCUGCAUGCUGAGCUUUCAGCCAGUGGAUGGAUGCACCUGUGCCAAGGAAACCUAUCUUAAUGAUGAAGGGAAAUGUGUUCCCCCUACAAACUGUCCCUGUUAUUUCAAGGGUUCAGUGGUACCUCCUGGUGAGGUCAUCAGCAAAGAUGGGGUCAUGUGCACCUGUAAGCAAGGGAAGCUGAGCUGCAUUGGCCAAACAGAUCUCCAGACGUCCUGCAUUGCACCAAUGGUUUUCUUUGACUGCUCUAGUUCUGGUCCCGGAGCCAAGGGCUCUGAGUGCCAGAAAAGCUGUCAGACCCUGGACAUGGAAUGUGUCAGCACAGAGUGUGUUUCGGGCUGUGUGUGCCCCUCUGGACUAGUGUCUGAUGGGAAAGGGGGCUGCAUACAAGAGGAUCUCUGUCCCUGUGUUCACAAUGGAGCUGAAUACCAACCUGGAGACAAAAUCCAAAUUGACUGCAACACCUGCACUUGUAAGAACAGAAAAUGGGACUGUACAGAUAACGUAUGCCACGGCACCUGUGCCAUUUAUGGCGAUGGCCAUUACAUUACUUUUGAUGGAAAAAGGUUCACCUUCAACGGGGGCUGUGAAUACACGCUUACUCAGGACUACUGCAGCAAUAACAACGGCACCUUCCGAGUCAUCACCGAGAACAUCCCAUGCGGCACCACUGGUACAACUUGCUCUAAGGCCAUCAAGCUCUUCCUAGGGAACAAUGAGCUCAUACUGACAGAUGGAAACUACCAAGUUAUCCAGAGAGAUAAUAGUGUAGAAGUGCCCUACCAAAUCCGUGUCAUGGGAAUUUACCUGGUUAUUGAAGCCAGCAAUGGCCUCAUCCUCAUGUGGGACAAGAAGACCAGCAUGUUCAUCAAACUAAGUCCAACAUUUAAGGGCCAAGUCUGUGGUCUGUGUGGAAAUUACGAUGGCAAUGAAAACAACGACUUCACUACAAGAAGCCAAGCAGUGGUUGUUGAUGCUGUGGAAUUUGGAAACAGCUGGAAAGUCUCUCCAACUUGCCCUGAUGUUGGAAUUUUGAAAGACCCCUGCACUUUCAACCCAUACAGACAGUCUUGGUCCCAGAAACAGUGCAGCAUCAUUCAGAGCGUCGUGUUCAAAGAUUGUCACUCUCAGGUGGACCCUACCCCAUACUACGAUGCCUGUGUGAGAGACUCUUGUGCGUGUGACAGCGGAGGAGACUGCGAGUGUUUCUGCACAGCUGUGGCUGCAUAUGCAAAGGGCUGCAAUGAGGCUGGGGUCUGCGUGGCCUGGAGAAGUCCAGAAAUCUGCCCUCUAUUCUGUGACUACUAUAACCCUCCUGAUGAAUGUGAGUGGCACUACAAGCCUUGUGGUGCUCCCUGUAUGAAGACCUGCAGGAACCCCUCAGGAAUAUGCUCCAUUCUGAUUCCACCACUGGAAGGCUGCUACCCAAAAUGUCCAUCUGAGCAGCCCUACCUUGACGAGGACACGAUGUCAUGUGUGGAGAGAGACAAAUGUGGAUGCUAUGAUGGAGGAAAGCAUUACAGCAAUGGAGAAUCCAUUCCAUCCAAACAGAACUGUGAGACCUGUUACUGUAAGUCACUGGGGAAACACUGCAGCUACGAUGUUAAAGCUUGUUACUGCUAUUACGAUGGAAAGAAGUAUUCAUAUGGGUCAUCCAUUUACAACACCACUGAUGGAAUUGGAAGCUGUAUUUCUGCCACAUGCGGGGCAAAUGGGACCAUUAACAGAAAAAUUGAUCACAACUGGCUGAAGGCUACAACAGAAACCAAAGACUACGCCGACCACUCCGUCACCAACUACAAUGACUGUAACAACGGAGACAUCUCCAACAACAAUCCCAAUCUGCCAUGUUUCAUGUCCAACAACACCAAUGACAACCACUCCGUCAACAACCACCUCAACAACCCUAACAACCCCAACCACCACAUCAACAACAACAACAACAACAACCCCAUCAACGACAACACCAACAACAAUAAUGUGGGUCAGCCAACAUCUGGCCCUGAUGGUGGAGACAACGAAUCCAUCAAGAAGAUUAUUGACUCUGGGGUCAACAUUUGCAGCAAUCCAGUAGCUAUUCAAUGCAGAGCUAAAGAGUACCCAAUGCUUACGCUGUCAGAGUUGGGACAGGAUGUGGAGUGCAGCACAUCUAAUGGUGAAUCCAAGCUUGAGGGCUGCCAGAAUGUUACAUGCAUUGAUGGGUCUGUUGUUGUGAGACCACUGCAAUGUCCACCUGUGAUAAAACCUGUCUGUCAGAACACCUACAGUCCAGUUAAGGUCUAUGAUGAGUCUGGAUGUUGCUUCAAAUAUGAAUGCCAGUGCAUCUGCUCUGGAUGGGGAGACCCCCAUUACAUCACCUUUGAUGGCACGUACUACAGCUUCCAAGGAAACUGUUCAUAUGUUCUGGUCAAGGAGAUUGACCCGAGAUACAAAUUCAGUGUUGUCAUUGAGAACUACUACUGUGAUUCCCCCAAUGGGCUUUCCUGUCCUAAAUCUCUAACUGUUUUCUACAAAUCCUACGAGAUCUUCAUGACACAGAAGGAAAUCAAUGGAAUAUUUGAAAACUUGAUUUAUGUCAAUCACAAACUCGUCACCCCGGCCUACGAAAACAACGACUUCAGAAUCACUGAAAAUGGAAUUGAAACCGUGGUAUAUAUACCGGCAAUUAGUGCAUGGGUGAAGUUCAAAGGCAUGAUGUUUAGCAUCCAGCUGCCAUUCUCAAAGUUCUACAACAACACGGAGGGACAGUGUGGAACAUGUGACAACAACCGCAAGGAUGACUGCCGCCUGCCAAACGGGACGAUUGAGUCCUCCUGUGGUGACAUGGCACGCCACUGGCCUUUCAACGACACACACUGUUUGCCACCGGCACCCACACCACCAGCACCACCAGGCUGUGACCCAGCAAUCUGUAAAGUGCUUCAUAGCCGGGUCUUUGAAAAAUGCCACGAUGUCAUCUCUGUUGAGCCAUUUUACGAGGGUUGCAAGUUUGACUCAUGUCACAUGAUAAACACCUCCAUUGGAUGCAGCAGUUUGCAGAUCUAUGCCGCAGCUUGCGCAGCUGAAGGAAUAUGUAUUGACUGGAGGAGUUAUACAGAUGGAAAAUGCGACUACAAAUGUGAAUCCCCGAGAGUGUACGAGCCCUGUGGUCCACUGAUAGAACCAACCUGCAACUCCAGAUACAAUACAAAGUUCCUGGCAGUCAACAACGAGUUCAGCGUGAUGGAUACUCUGCGUGAGGAGGGGUGCUAUUGCCCUCCGGGUACCACUCUUUCCAGUCCUAGCUCAAAUGUUUGUCUGCACAGUUGUGAUGUCUGCCACUUGCCCAAUAAUAAAUGGGAAGAGGCUGGUUCCACCUGGGUCAGUGAUUGCCAAGAAUGCGUGUGUCUCUCAGAAACUUUGACAGUCGUCUGCAAUCCGCUGACCUGCCCCACUGCAGCCCCGGUCAUCUGCACCAAGGAGGGACAGGUGAAGGUCAAUGAGACAGUUGGCUGCUGCCAGACUACGAAAUGCGAAUGCAAUCCAAAUCUCUGCCCAGAUAUUCUACCCUGCCCUGUUGGAUUCCAAACAGAAACAACAAUGGGACCUUGUUGUCCUAUUUAUCAUUGCAUACCAAAAGAAGUUUGUGUUUUCAACAACUCGGAAUACCAGCUGGGAACAGUUGUGCCUGAGGGGACAUGUGAGCUGUGCAUCUGUGACUCCACGCUAAAGGAUCCAAACACCGAUCUGCACAUCAUUGUCUGUAAACCAGUUUCCUGUGACAUGCAAUGCCCACUGGGUUAUGAGUACCAGCCAGUUCCUGGGCAGUGCUGUGGAACGUGUGUACAGAUUGCAUGCAUCAUUGUGCUGCCAGAUAAGACCAUGCAAAGUAUACAGCCUGGUACAGUCUGGACGCCCCCUAAUAAUAAGUGUGUGAAAUACGAGUGCGUGCAGAUCGAGCACCAGUUCAUCUCCAUGGAGGCUACUAUUUUGUGCCCCGAAUUCAAUGCCAAGGAUUGCGUUCCUGAGAAAGCCACCAGUAAGAAGGAAGUGUCAAUGGUCUGCACAGAUGGGAGAAAGUUCAAUCACUCCUACAUCUACAUUGAAGAGUGUAGCUGUCUUCAGACUGAGUGUGCGCCCAGUGAAGUAUCUUCAGGCAACAAGUCUCUAGAAUCCCCUGGGAAACAGUGA